CAUGUUCGGGUCGACGUGUCUAAUCAACAUGACGUUCUCUACAAGUGCAGCGAAUGACUCGUCUAGAUUCACUGGGUUCACACUCUUUAGACUCUAUCGGCGUGCGCGAAGGAGGUGUGAGGAUGCUGCAGAGGAACCUGCUGCACGCUGCUUGGCUGUGUUGUCUCCUCACAGUCCCGACGCACAGCUGUCCAGAUAACUGCAGUCACUGUUCAGGCCCAGAAAAGGAGCGUUGUGACGAGUGCAGAGGCGGAUGGAUGCUCUAUAAGAACAGCUGUGUAGAUGUUGAUGAGUGUGGCACAGAAGUGGUUGACUGUCCUCCCAACAGUUACUGCUUCAAUACUGAGGGAUCCUUUGAGUGCAGAGACUGUGACUCGGCCUGUGUGGGCUGUAUGGGCAGUGGAUCAGCACGCUGCCGAAAGUGUGCCUCCGGGUACAGACUGACAGGCUCCAAGUGUUUGGACGUGGACGAGUGCAGCGACCGGGUUCUUGCCUGUCGUGGCCUAGAUGAGCUCUGCACCAACACGGCAGGUUCUUUCCGCUGCGACUGCGCCGAGGGCUUCAGUCGCGAGGACGGCGCUUGUGUGAAGCAGCAGACGCCCAACGUUGAGGAGAAAGGCCUGUUUGACGACAUUCGGGAUGACGAGGUGGAGGUGCUGCGGCAGAUGUUCUUCGGGGUGGUGCUUUGUGCUCUGGGAACGCUGGCUGCCAAGGGAGACUUUGUAUACACAUCUGUGUUCAUGGGGGCAUUGGCAGCCAUGGCAGGGUACUGGCUUUCUGACAGGGGAGAUCACUUGUUAGGCAACUUUCUAAAAGGACGAUAAUGCUCAUUUCCUUUCAUAUCUGAGGUACGUUAAUGAUUUAGCAGUUUUUAUGGACAGUGUCUCCAAAUGUAGCUUGAUGAAACACAAAUGUUUGUAUAUCUAGCCUAAAUGACUCCAGUAUAUACGUAAUGUAGUAUUGGUACUGUAUGUACACAAAAACUGAAUUUGCACUUAUAACAGUGUUUUUUGAAUAUGAGUUUAAAAGUGAUGCCACAGGCA